AAAGUUCAGCCUUAUCAUAAAAUUCUUAAUAAAACUUUAUGGGCUGAUAUUAUGCUAAAAUUUAUGGUUCCAAAUAAGGCCAUUACUUCACAUGUUUUACCUCCUCGCACUAAUUUAUCUAGAACAUUACCUUCACGAGAUAUUAUUAAUAAUA